AUGGAGGAAAUAAACGGGACAUCGAGUCGACGACAGAGCGACGAAGAAAAGCCACCGAUGCAAAAGCGAAAGACGACAAGUUUGGAUAAACCGGGGAAGAAUGAUGAAAUCUUGACUGGUGGCAGUCCUCUAAAGGUCGCUUGCAAAAAACCCGAGGUUAGUAUUGCCGGCGUUGGGACAAUUGACUUUGUCAAAAGCUUGCAGUUGGAUGGUAACAAAGUGAUUGAAAAGGACAAAGAAGCCGAUGAAACCCAGGAAAUGGAGUUCAGCCAUAGUCCAUCAUUAAAUUCUACUGCGCUUUUGUCUGACACCACCGCUACACACUAUUCUACAGCUGAGGAGUCGCCACCACUUGAACGAAAAAAUCUUCGUGUUAAGUUUUAUGAGCAUGUCCAGGAAAAAGAAAUCUCCGACUAUUCAUCGAUGUCAUCAAAUAGUUCUGCCGACGCACAGUCUCUAUUUGAGAGUUUUUCUGGCGAAGAGAUCCGAGUGACAAGCAGUGACUCAAACUCUGAAAUGAAUAUCUCUUCGGAUAACAGUGAUGGAUCGAUUCUUUUUCUCGGGGAGAUGAAUUCGAAUUCAUUGCGUAGAUUCAAAAAUCUACCCUGCGAUGAAGAUAUGAAUCCUAACGUUGCUGCAAUUGAAUCCACGGAAAAUGAUGCUUCUUUACCUGGUCCUUCCACGUCUCAGCAAGAAAAACGGAAAGUCACUUUCAACCCCGAAGUUUACGAAAUUGUCUUCUUUCCAGAAGAGUGGCUUCACGAGAUCCCGGGGCUUUGUGGACCAAUCAAGGAAGAAGACGACGAAGAGGAACAGGCACCUCAACCCGAAAUUGCUGCACCAACUCCUACGCUUGCACCGGUGAAGGAGAAGACUACUUACCCCGAAGAGGCCGCCACUCUAGCUGUUCAUCAAUCGACCAGUAAUUCGACAACAAUUCAAAAUGUAGAGCCUGAUCAUUUGGAGUAUGAGGCAAUGAAAAAGCAGCUCGAGGAUCAGCGACAAGCGCACGAAAUUUAUCGAGAUGCCAGGGAAGCCCGCUUACGAGUUGAAGAAAUUGCGCGCAAGAAUGCUGAAGAGCAGUCUACGAACUUACAGAAACUGAUGCAAGGCGAAAUCCGAGCUCGACUUGUUGUUGAGGAAGAAAACUCGCAGCUUUUGAAGCAACUUUUGGAUGCAAAAACCGACCUUAUGCGAGCUAGUGCCCAAGUGCAGGAUAAUAGAAACGCUUUCCAACAACAUCUGAUUGAGCGCAUCGUUGAAAAAGAGGAAACAUCGCAAAGCUUUUCAGCGUUGUUGAACUCUACCAAAAAUCUUACUCUACCACACGAGUCAAUGGAUGCAGAUAGCGACUGUCAGAGGAUGAGUGAUAUCGACUCAACAUUCGAGCUGAACGAAGCUGCGGAAAAUAAU